AUGGGCACAGAGGUGGGGCCUUGGGCACCGAGCCUGGCCGGGCAUCCUGAAGUCCUGUUACUGACCUGUCCUCUUUGUCUCCUCACACUAGUGCCACCUGGCCCUCUGCCACCUCCCUGGUCCACCUGGCAGCCGCCCAGGUCCUACUCCACUCCAGGGCUAUGCCAGUCUGCAGCCAUGCUCCCGCCAGCCAGACACCUCCUGUCCCUGUUGCUGGUGGUGGGCACCGGGGGCACCAUGCCCAGCCCCCGGGUGCCCCCCCAGGGCUGCUACACGGCAGAGGAAGCUGGCGAGCGGACGUUCCGCUGCAGCCAGGCAGGCCUAAGUGCCGUGCCCCCCGGCAUCCCCAACGAUACCCGCAAGCUCUACCUAGAUGCCAACCGGCUGGCAUCGGUGCCCGCCGGCGCCUUCCGGCACCUGCCUGUUCUGGAGGAGCUGGAUCUGUCCCAUAACGUCCUUGCCCACCUCUCGGGGGCUGCCUUCCAGGGCCUGGCGGGCACGCUGCGGCACCUCGACCUCUCUGCCAACCAGCUGGCCUCGGUGCCCGCGGAGGCCUUCGUGGGGCUGCAGAUCCAAGUGAACCUGUCUGCCAACCCGUGGCACUGCGACUGUGCCCUCCAGGAGGUUCUCAGACAGGUGAGGCUGGCACCGGGCACUGGGACGGGCAUCGUGUGCGGCCCGGGAGCCCGACCAGACCUCGUGGGGCAGGAGUUUCUGCCGCUGGCAGGGGAGGAAGAGCUGUGUGGGGCCGGGCGGGGCGGGGCCCGGCGGAGCACAGACGUGGCCCUGCUGGUCACCAUGGGGGGCUGGCUGGCACUGGUGGUGGCCUACCUGGUCCACUACGUGUGGCAGAAUCGGGAUGAGAGCCGGCGUCCCCUGAACAGGUCCCCCAAGCCGCCCGUGCGCUCCGAGGACUCCUCCACCCUCAGCACGAUGGUCUGAUGACCACGCCCCGCACUCCUUCCCCUGUGCUCCCUCUUUCCCUCUGACCCCUCUGCCUCCUCUGCAGCCCCACCCCACCCCCCAAGCCCCACCCUCUUCCUCUUCUAUCUCCCCUGAACUCCUGACCU